CUUGUUGUAGCGUCAGUUUCGUGUAGUUUUUACUCGCAAAAACUUUUAAUCCUUAAAAUUAAGUUCAUUCUAACACUCAUCAUAUCGUAGAACUAACAAAAAACUUCUUUUAUCAUAAAACAACUUUCGUUUCAUACAAAAAUCAUACAUUUUAAUUCAUUUUAAGUUAAAAAAGUGAAUGUUUUGAUUGAGGCGCGCGAAAAAUUAUUUUUAGAUUUUUUCUUGAUCGUGUGAGAUAAAAAGAGUGGAAAUAAAGCAUAAUGAAAAAGCGUGCAGCUCAAGAAUCUAGAACGGGCCGUGGAACAAUAAGAAGUUAUAGUCCACCAGCAAGCCGUACAAGAAGUAAAUCUCCAGCUCGUAUUGAGAAUUCUGGUCGAGAUUCAGCAGCAAUCGUACGAAGAGGUCGCCCAAAGAAAACCGACACACCAUCGGAAGAGGUUUCAUCGUCAAGCCAGUCAAGUACUCCUAAAAAGGAAAUAAAAAAAGCGAAAAAUAAUGCUGCAGUAAUUCUUGAUGAUUCUGGUGACAAUGAAGAAGUUGCAACUAUUAACACGAGAUCAACACGUUUAGCAUCUCUUAGAAAACGUUUGACUCCAGUUAAUUACAAAAUUACUCCAACUCCAUCUGAAGAUCAAAAGCGAUCAGUUAGUCGUUCUGUUAGCUCACUCACUAAGGAAGAUUCUGAAGAUGAAGAAGACGAAGUCGAGAUAAUUCCGCCUUCACCUCCUUCUUUAGGAAUCUUCUCAAAACCUCUUCUAAAGUUUUUCGUUCUUGAAACAUUGUUACUGCUUCCUAUCAUCUUAACAGUUUCAUUUAAAGGACCUUUGAAAUGGACGAGAAUCUUUGCUGACUUCAGAAAUCCUGCGACUUACUGCAAUCUUCAAUCUGCCUCGUUUUUCGUCGCUUUUCUCACCAGCACAGUCUUACUUCAUGCAAUCCCCUUAGGAAAGAUUGUAAAGCUUCCGACAUCAGAAGUGACUCAUAAAUUCAACGGACUUUUCACUGCUCUUGUCAUCGUAGCAUUUCUGUUUGGACUUGAAUUGAAAGGAUUGGAUUCAUUGACUGCAAUUUACAAUAAUAUCGAUCGUUUCAUGUAUCUCAGUAUCAUUACCAAUAUCAUUGUUGCUGGAGCUUUAUAUGUGAGAGGAAAGCGAAGUGCAUUGAAGAAUCCAAAUCCUUACGCCACCGGUCACUUCAUCAAUGAAUUCACAACUGGUCUUGAAAUAAAUCCAAGAAUUUAUGAUAAACUUGAUGUGAAAGUGAUUUCUUAUCAUCGUUCAGUGAUCUUAAUUCUCAUCAUUAACAUCGCUCUGCUUUUCAAGAAUGUCUCAAUUCCAACUGUUGAGACAUCAUCAGGCUUGCCAAUUGCUGAAUUAGUGAAAGAAACUUACAACAACUUUAUGUUUGUCAUUCGUAAUUCUGAGUACAACAGCACUUCGUUAGUCAUUUCUGGACUUCUCGUUAUUUACGCUUUGGAUUUGCUGAUUUUUGAGCAUCAUCUUGCGACAUCGUUUCAGAUCAACAGUGAAGGAUGUGGCGCUGAACUUUUAUUACGGUUCGCUACUUUCCCCUUCCUUCUUUCAUUCUUGCCAAGGUUCUUGUUGGUUAAGAAGUUGAAUAUCAACAAUUACUUGUUGGCUGCAAUUGCUGUCGGUUUCCUUUUGGGAUUGAUCAUCAAACGAUCCAGCAACAAGUUGAAGUACGAAUACAGAAUCCGACCAAACGAUGCUAAAUUUCAAACUCUAAAGACGUUGCCAACACUUCAAAACCAUCGAUUGAUCAUCUCACGUUGGUGGUCAAAAAUUCGCCAACCGAAUUUGUUCGGUGAAAUUUUAAUCCACAAAAUUCUUUUAGCUCCGCUUUUAUUUAACUUCAAUUGGCCAGCUUUCAUCGCGAUAUGCUUUAUCAUCAAGUAUCUUGUAUGUCGUUCGAUUAUAAUUAACCGGAUAAACGCGAAGAAAUACGAAUCAUCGUGGCAACGCUACACUUCUACAAUUAAGUAUAAUCUUCUACCAAAAGUCUAUUAAGAAUUAUUUUCUUAUUAAUUUCGUGUGGUUCAUGUGAGAACAUUUCUUUUUAUACUUUUUUUUAAUUUAAUUUCUGUCUGUCUUCGACUAUCCUAAUUUAACUAAAAAAAUUUGUCAAACAUUUCAACUAAUCAACUUUUCUGAAAUUUUCAAAUUUUCUCCUCAAUCAUUUCUGUUCUCGUUAAACACAAAAAAAAAAAUAAUAAUUCUGCUAUGAAACUUUCAAACUUGCCGCAUUAAUUCAUGAUCAUUAUUUGAUUUGCCAUUUAAUUAUAUUUUUUAGUAACUAAGUUCUGCAAUAAUUUAGUUACGUUUGAUUUCAAAACUGAAGGCUGAGUUGUAAAUAUUUCUUAAUAUUUUUAAUGGAAAAAGACAACAAAUUUGCUCAUGAAAAAGUCUUCUGACAAGUACAAAACUAAUUUGCACAUCAUUUUAACAUUUAAAUCAAUUUUACAAAUCGAAAGAGAGAAAAAAGGAAAAAAAUACUAAACUUUAAUACAAAAUUUAUCUAAACAUGUUUUUCAUGAUUAUUUUGAGACUUUUACGAACAUUUUCUUGUGAGAUUUAGAAUAUAAGCCCAAAACAUCGCGAUUUAGCGAAAAUUGAUAACAAUGAC